UGCAACAUGCUCACACACAGAACCUUGACUGACGACUCACAUGGAAUUUUCAUCCAAUCAGUAGAGGAGGAAUGUAAACCCCAGGCCUUUUUCAAAAUCCCCACCCUGGAACGUAACGUAAUAGAGCUGAGCCACUGGAACCAGCAGGGAGUCCUUCAGAUUUUCGAAUCUUCAGAGACGGGUGGGAGUGAGACCAAGUGCUGGCAUGGAGCGGCUGGAGAACUGUGCUCAGAUGUUCCAGAGAAAAUUUCUCAACGAGGCCUUCCGUCGGCAUUGCCCUGUAUUGUUGGCUUGUAUAGCACUGGGUGGGUCACUGCUGAAGGAGCUGUCGCCCCUGCCGGACUCUUAUUGGAACAACAAGAGGAAUGUUCUGAAUGUGUAUUUUGUCAAAUUUUGCUGGGGUUGGACAUUGUGGCUACUUCUCCCUUUCAUCACACUAACGAAUUAUAAACUGACUGGAAGCAUAACCAAAGUUCUUCGGAGGCUGAGCUCUCUGCUGGUUGGCACGUUAUUCUGGUACCUCUGCACCAAUCUGUUCCUGUACAUCGAGCACAUUACUGGCAGUUGCUACAAGUCGGAGGCCCUGCUGGACUCCAUAGAACACCAAGACAGAAAAGAAUGCCGGCUCCAUGGCGGAUUCUGGCACGGCUUCGAUAUAUCAGGACACUGUUUUCUGCUUUCCUAUUGCAUAUUGAUCAUUUUGGAGGAAACGUCAGUUAUCCGCAGCAUUCAGUUUGAGAGACACUGGCACAGAAUGGCCAUCAAUGCCCAGUUCACUGCCUUAAGCAUUUUGGUGAUCAUUUGGGUGUGGAUGUUUUUGUGCACAGCUGUUUAUUUUCACAACAUCUUCCAAAAAGUUAUCGGCACAGCCUUUGGCAUGCUGGCUUGGUACAUAACAUACAGAUGGUGGUAUCUGCAGCCGAUAUCUCCUGGGUUACCCCCAGCCAGUGCCAGUCACAGUGAAAAGGAACCAGUCUACAAAAACUAACCUUAAGUGCAUGUGCCACAGCCUUUAAAUUAUUUUUAAUAUCAGUUGUAGAUAUCUGCCUUAUUUGUAGAACAAAAGGGGGAAAAGAACUAUAUUUUCCAUUUGUAUAAAGCUUUAAGAAAACCAUGUCCUUGGAUGCAUGUAACUGACAUUGUGCGUUAUUUACCCUGUAUAGGAAUGUAAAGUAAAGGAGUAAUGUCCA